ACGAGCGCUGGAGGGUCUCCAAAACCCUGGUGUUCAAAUAGCCAGUGAAGAAAACCUUGUCGAUCUGGAAUAUGCAGACGACGUCGUUCUCAUGUUCGAAGAGGAGGAGAAGGCGCAAGUAUUCUUGGAUGAACUGACCAAAGUAAUCCCGUCCUUUGGUAUGCAAUUUGCACCCACAAACUGUAAGGUCAUGUUUGUGGACGUGCAGUCACUGAACACGCCACUUACGAUCCAGGGAGAGGUACUGGAAGUUGUGGAGCGUUUUACGUACCUUGGAAGUUGUAUUAGUUCUGAUUGCAGUGUGACAGAUGAGGUGAAUGCACGAAUCUGCAAGGCUCGGGCCGCGUUUGCUAACUUGAGACACCUAUGGCGUCAGAAUGGUUUAUCCCUGAAUCUGAAGGGACGUGUGUAUCAAGAGUGUGUAACGGAUGCUUCCAUUGAAGAAUGUGUCCAUCACCAGAAGCUGCGUUGGUUGGGACAUGUGUUGCGUAUGCCGAACCAUCGUUUGCCGAAGAGAGUACUGUUUUCCAUGCCUAAUUCGGAGUGGCGUAAACAGAGAGGUGGCCAACCCAUGACCUGGCAGAGGAGUAUGAAGGAGAUCACGAAACGCUUGGGUGCUGUCGGUGCUACUCGCCUUCCAGGAUGGGGACCGCGUGAUCCUCACUGUGCCUGGUUGGAGACACUACAAGAUAUGGCUGCCAACCGAUGUCAGUGGCGUUCUUGUUGUCAGUUUCUGUCCAGAUUGCCUGAUGUAUUCACACUCACUUUGGAGGUCUGCUCACUACUUGCGCGAGAACUCGAGGAGAUGUCUAUUUUGCAAGAUCGUAAUCGUUCCGUAAAUACCGGCCAAGUUUCGCAAUUCUGUAUGGAUAAUGCACAGCUCCCUACAAAGCAUUCACAUACGCAGGAACCUCUUAUUCCAGGAUCAUCAGUGACAACAUUCAAGCAAAGCAGUUCUGAUAGCAACCUUGUGAUGCAGCGAUCACAGUUGGGAAGCUAUGAAAUAUGUGCGGAACGAAAGUUCUCCUCGCAACUAGAUGCACUGCCUUAUUCCGGUCAACCUAUGGUGAAUAUGUCGGUUCAGCCCCUCUUGAACACAGUGAAUUCGAAUUUUCCAGCCUCUGUCUCGCAGCCCAUACAACGUAUGCCCACGUCUUCUGGGGCUAGCUACUUCGAUCCAUUCUCACAACACCCUGGAACCAUUUCCAACCCAAACGCCUGCUAUUCCACCACAGAUUACACUAAAUGCUCUUACGUAAAUGGUACAUCGGAAUUUCAGCAACAGCCUUUUCAAGAGUUUUGUCAGCGUGGACAAACUGCACCGCAUGCAGCACAGCUGAUGCGCCCGUGGGAUUCUCCCUACCUGCACUGUUCAUCUGCACUUGAUCCAUUGCAACAGGAAUGUAUUGGUAACGAUUUGCGUAGUCGGUGUGGGGAUCUCAUGACCAGGACAGGAAGAUCGGGUCUUCCCGCGUACCACAUAAGCCUUUCAGAUGAUAACCCAACGCAGAUGUCCACCACUCGAAACGGAACUGGCGUUGACUUACUAGUCAGCAACCUGGAUUAUAAUAUUAGCCCAAAGGAAUGGCGCAAAAUGCUAUUCACGCAGCUUCAAACUCUUGUUAAAAGUGUACAGUCAGUCGUGUUACAGACACAAGCGGAUGGUAGCAAUUGUGCAAUCAUUCGAGUCGGUAGCAUUGAGGACGCACGUCUCGCCAUUUCCCAUUUCCACCGAAAAAAGAUAGGCUACAAACGAAUCCAGAUGAAUAUCAUUGCCCCGAAUGGGCCGUUUGUUACGAAGGGACUAAAGGCCGAUGUAGUGUCGCUGCUGCGUUCGGUGUCUGGAAGCGCCCUUCCUGUAAGCAAAUUUAUCGACUUGUUUUCCAAGCGCUUUCACCGAAACAUUAGUGCAUCGGAUCUGUACAAAAUGCGUGAUGUGAUUGAAAUUAAGGACCAGCCUGGAUCUCAGGCUGGUCGGAUUGUUUCUCUCAGUCUCCGAGGCAUGCGGUUCGAUGGUGUUGAGACAACCCCACUUUCUGAACCGGUCGUAUGCCAACGUCACUGUCUUGAAGGCAGUCCUGAAUAUUUGCAGGCAGUGGAGUGCUCUAUGCUCCCUUCAGUACAGAUUCCGUUGGGCCUAUUUCGUCAACAGGUGCUCACUAUAUUACAAGACCACGAUGGUUCGUUGCCUUUACUCAGUUUUCCAGCUUGUUAUAAAGCGGAAUUCGGUGAUCUGCCUACCGUUAGCUCACAGAUCUCUGACAACAGUCAGUCAGAGGUUUGUGCGAAAACAACGAAUCAUUCGGGUAGUAAGGAACACAUUGAAACGGACCCUACGGGAACCUUGGUCUCUUGCACAGGAGGCCAACAACCGAAUGUUUCAUCUAACAGUCAAGAUUCAGGAAGUUUUCCAGAUCCAAAUUUGGGCACUGGUAACGAGAUACUAGCAGAGUAUCCAGCUGGCGUCCCACUUGAACACCUCCUGACCUGUGUCCCAUCCGUUCGCAUACACACCGAUGUUACGGGCGUAAGAAAGAUCAUUCUAGAACCAGAAGUGUCUUCUUCGAGCGGUUCCAUCAGUCAGCAACCAGCAACCACAAAUUCUCUUAUGGAUAUAUCUCAGAAAAAACGACAGUUUGGUGAAAUUCUCUCGCCUGGAACUUCAACUCCCGGUUCCUCCACGCCUGGAGUGCCCAACACAACCAACACGUCUGGAGCACUGCUAGACCAUUUGCAUCAGUUUAGUCGGGAAGUGGUUGAUCUUUUGAAGCAUCAGCCAGGUUGUCAGAUUUUACUGGGCAAAUUUAUACCCAGCUAUCAUCAUCAUUUUGGUAAACAGUGUCGCGUGGCCGACUACGGAUAUUCCAAACUUCACGAGCUUAUUGAUGCCUUGCCAAACGUAGUUCAUGUGAUGGGCUCCGGACAUAUGCGUCUGCUCACUCUAUCUCAUCGGGUUCAAGUGCGCCGAUUUACCAACGAGCUGAUCAAAGUCCUCAAGUCGCAGUCAACCAAAUCCUGCAAACUGACUGACUAUACUUCCUUGUAUAGAAGAAUUUACCGUAAGGACUUCCGUAUUACUGACUACGGUGUCUGCUUCCUAACGGACAUGUUAAUGGAAGUCUCUGACAACGCGGUAGAAGUGUCACACAUUGAAUCCGACUGUGUUAUUUCGCUGCCGAAGCGUGUUCAAACCACUGAGGAACGGGAACGUACAGAGUUGUUCGCCAUUGAAGUCGCCGAUUUGCUCUGUCAAUCACCACGUUGUCGACUGCCGUUCAAUAAAUUCAUUCCUUCCUAUCACCAUCACUUCAGCCGACAAUGUCGUGUAGCUGACUACGGGUUUACCAAGCUAGUUGACUUGCUGGAAGCUAUCCCCAAUGUUGUACGGAUCGUGGAGGAACAUGGAGAAAAGUACGUCAGUCUGGUACGCCAUCGACACCUCCGAAUAGUGGCGGAACACUUACUCACCCUUUUAGAAUCAGCUCCCGGGAAGCGCAUUUUGCUCAAUGAUCUACUCAACGUGUAUAUGAAACAGCACGGCUAUCCCCUAUGUUUAGAGGACUUCCAGCUCACGUCGGUCAACGAACUUCUAUCCAAGUUGCCCAGAUUAGUACGGAUACAAUCUGUGCCCAUAGAUUACCCAAAAGAAGCAAACUCAUCACCACUGGAAAAGUGCGAUAAAAUGCUUGUUCUUCGGUCGGAGCCGGUGUCUAACAGAUCUGAAACAACAACAACACCAGAAGCAGUUGGGGACGGUAAGUCUAACGAGGCAGAGGGGCCAGACGAAUCAAAAGGAGCAACAACAGAACCACUCAUUGUAGAAUCAACGGGUUCAGCGGAUCGUAACGUGGUGGAGUAUGUAUGCCUUGCAGAUCGAACUCAAAUCAAACACCUUGCCCAUAAAGUACUCUUGAUUCUGUUGGAAGCCCCAUCGGGAGCGUUGUCUGUGCCCCUUUUCUCUGAACGUUUCAGGUGCACCUUUCGUGACGAACCAAGUAUCCGCCUGAUUUACGAAGAGUUAGGAGACAUUGUUCAAUUUCGGAUAACGGAGUCCAAGACAACUGGCGAGUCUGGUAUGCCUUCCUCACGUCCCAGUUGGAACGAACGUCCUUGCAGGGAGUCGUCGUCCCUGCACAAUACAGCAGCAUCUAGCGCUGAAAAUGAAUCCGAAACGUGCAACACAGAGAAUGAGCUCAAAGACUUACCCAACAAAGGCCCCACAGACGAGUUGAAUUCCGAUGAAAACCAAGACACAUCCGUCUGUUCAGUUGCCAACUUAGAGUCGCCUUCUUGCUUCAUCGUCUUGCGACCUUUAAUAAUGUUUGCCAGGGAACUCCGGGAGCUUCUCCGACAGAAUCAAGGCAAACUUCUGUUGGUGCAAUUGUGCGCAGUCUAUCAGCGUCGUUUCGGUCUCCCCUUGAGACCGCAACGAUAUAAUUACCCUUCUUUGGCAACCCUCUUACAAGCUGUCGACUUUGUCGCAGUGAUGCGCGGUCGUGGUGUUCGGUGUACUCUGGUCUUAUGCCAAGACUUUUUAGGAAAACUUUCCUAUAGAGUUGCCUACAAUACGAAGCCUGUAUUGGAAGCGGAUCCAGAUAUGGAAGCCGAAAUUGGUAGCGUUACGACAAGCGGGGAGAAUUCCCUUGGAAAAUUCAGUGCAGUUCAGACUCCACCUAAUCAUCCGAUGGUAGCCUGGUCUCACACGCAACUACCGGAUAAGCAUUCAGGGGUUUCAAUGGUUGGACACACCACAACAUUCACAGAGGCCACCCAUUCUUCGAACCAAUCACAGGAAGGAUGCUUUGUUUCGGAUUUGCAUGAUACGUCAGGGUGUACGCCUGCUACCCAAAGCAGCCUAUCGAGUCACCGUCACUUGCAGGCCUACGCCAACUCUUUCACAUCUCACUCCCUCGAUCCAUGCAACCAGUUCCAUUCCUUUGUCAGCUCUCCACAUAUACCUUCAUCUAACCCCGUGAACUAUUACCAGCUACCUGUGCCACAGCAGGGACCAUUAUCCCAACAAAUGUUUCCUGCCCGAUCAACGUACACUGCGCCACUGGUGUUUAAUCCGCCAUCCUCAUACAACUAUCUUGCUACUGGCACUGAGUAUGGCCCAGCGGUUCCCCAACAAUCAGCCGAAUGUCAGGCCAAUGUCCCCGGAUCUUACGGACCUGUAGUUUAUUCCCCUCAGGUGUCGCAGUGUGGCUCUCUCACUGUAUUACCGACCACUUCAACUAUGCAGUCAAACCCUUGUUUUGUCGGACCUGGAGGUGAGACGGCAAAUGGUUCGCUAAACUACCCCAGCUCUAUGUAUCCAAGCUCUUCCAUUUAUCCUUAUUCGUUUGGAUUAAACUACCCAACGGCCAUGCAACAAAUGGGAGCGCACAUUCACUGUGGCCAGCCAACCACAACCAUAGCCAAUAUUAUGCCGGAUGGUCGACAUCAAGCCUUGGGUGUGGAUCCCAAUAUUCCCUCUCCUGUGCGUCCUACUGGGGCAGCGUUUUACGGUCAGGAUAAGAUGCCUUAUUCAGGACUAUCCUGUCCAGCUACGUUCAACUUGACUCACUACGGUGUGUCACCAGGGAUGCAGGAACAGCUGGAUGACUUGGUUGAGCGUCUGACUUACGGCAGUGCAAACACGAAUCCGAAUAGGAAUACAAUGUCCACUCAUCAACCAGACAGUAAAGAUGAAAAGCAAACACUGUUAUCUGAAAAUCCACUGACACAAAACAAAGAGGAGACAUCUCCACCCAACGUGAAGUUUACGAGUCAGACUAACCAACCGCUUUCGUUUGCAGCAAAUGCGUCAGGUAGCGCAGUCGGAUGCUUACCCACACAAUGUCAACCGUCUUUUGUGUCGAGCUUUUUGCAUUCACACAACUCGCAGUUGCCCUAUUUUCCUGGUGGGAUGUUCCCAAACUUCCAGCCGUCGAUCCCAUUCGUAAAUGAUCAGUAUUCGAUACGCACCCUCACUAACCCCUUUGCCAAUCUGGAGUCAAGCAUGAGGGGGACAUCCACUGCCCCCAAUCCUGCUAGAAUUGGUACGACCGGUACUGUGGAUGGGAAUGCAAAACUCCAUGGUGACAUUGCAGACGAUAACAAGUCGCUCGAUCAGUCUCUACGGUCGCUAGAGAACUGCACACCGCUGAAGCAAAUGAUGGCAAACAUUGUCACACCGAACACGAUUCCCGCCAAUGUCAACUCCAAUGAACGGGGGGAUGCCACACAUCGUUACUCAAAUCUGCACUCCAGUGCUGAUGUGUUUCCGCUGGAUAGAUGUUCCAAUUCGUCUGCCACGUUUUCGAACCCCAAUGGAAAUGGUACUAUUCAAAGUGAGGCCGCUUCAAGCCUCACAAUAUCAAAGGAAAAAGAUUUACUUGUCACUGAACCACAUAGAAAUGCAUAUGUGGCUCAACUUGCUUCUGAACCGAAUGGACUAUGCUCCCAACGUUCCCGACUAGCCGCCCCUUUCAGCGUUUCCAUCAGUUCGGAAGACUCAGCGGGCAAUUUCUCACUUGAUGGCCUUUUGGCAGAACUGAGGCUGGAAGAAAAACAGCAACAACAGCAACGAAAUCCUCAUUCCUCAACUUGCGGUGCUCCCGACAUGGACCUAAAACAGAAUACACGCAUUCUAAUGAACAACUUCGGAUACCUUUAAAAUAAUUUUACUUUUUGUUUCACGGCAUAUCGUGUAUUGCACUGAAUUUGUGCGAUAGACACAGCUGGUGUCACUGUAUUACACACAAGCAAAAAAACGAGUGAUAUGUGCAACCCGCAACUUUCUUGUUCCGUUUAGCGUACUCCUAACUCGGAGAUUAUAUGCUCAUCUCCGAUACUUUGUUACAUGCAUCCCAGUUUAUGUCCAGUCUGACAAGACGUACACUCGGAAAUGUUUUACCGCAAUCGAACUCCUGAUUGCUCAGUCUUUCGAAGUUCUUCAGUGCCAAAGCACCACUUUUCUCAAAAAUGUGCGUCCGCUCUGUCAGACACUGCACACUCUCUUGCAUAUUCACACGCAAAACAAUCCGCAUUGCUGCUUGUUACCAAAAGACUUUGGCAUAUGAAUGUCACUCAACUUGCCUUUUUCAAAGCACAAUGAAGAAGACUAGUCUCCCCAUUUUGGGUGCACAGUACAUACUAAUUUUUAUUUUCACAAAAGAUGAUAAUAAAUCUUUUGUUUACAAAUAAA